GUGUCGAGUCUGGCGAUCGGCCCGCUGUGCCCGCCUUGCCCGCGCUGCCGCCGCCGCUGCUCGACGCAGGAGAGCGACGUGGUGACUGGAGCCCGGAGGAGAGCUCUGAGCGCCCAGCUCUGCCCCAGGAGCCCAGGCUGCCCUGUUGCCCGGUCGAUACCACAGGUGUGGAGCCAUGCGCUGUGUCCCGAGCGGUGGCGUCCCCUUGGGGCUGGUGUUGCUCGUCUGUGGGGCCCACGGCUUUUUCCUGCCCAAUGUCACACACUUAGAGAAGCUGCUCAGCAAAUACCAGCAGGACGAGCCUCACUCGCGCGCGCGGCGGGCCAUCCCCAGGUCAGACAAGGAGGAGAUCCUCAUGCUCCACAACAAGCUGCGGGGCCAGGUGUACCCGUCAGCCUCCAACAUGGAGUAUAUGACCUGGGAUGAAGAGCUGGAGAAGUCGGCGGCAGCCUGGGCCCACGAGUGCAUCUGGGAGCAUGGGCCCACCAGUCUGCUGGUGUCCAUCGGGCAGAACCUGGCUGUCCACUGGGGCAGGUAUCGCUCACCCGGGUCCCACGUGCAGUCCUGGUAUGACGAGGUGAAGGACUAUACUUACCCAUAUCCUCAUGAGUGCAACCCCUGGUGUCCAGAGAGGUGCUCGGGGCCCAUGUGCACCCACUACACACAGAUAGUAUGGGCCACCACCAACAAGGUCGGCUGUGCUGUGAACACCUGCCAGAGGAUGAACGUCUGGGGAGAUGUUUGGGAGAACGCGGUCUACCUCGUCUGCAAUUACUCCCCAAAGGGGAACUGGAUUGGAGAAGCCCCCUACAGAAACGGCCGGCCCUGCUCCGCGUGCCCGCCCAGCUACGGAGGCGGCUGCAGGAACAACUUGUGUUACCGAGAAGAGACCCAUGACCAAAAGCCUGAAACAGAUGAGAUGAACGAGGUGGAAACGGCUCCCGUCACCGAGGACAAACAUGUCUGGGCCCAGCCGAGGGGCAGCAGACCUACGAAGCCCAAAAAGACGAAAGCCUCCGCUGUCACUUACAUGACCCAAGUCGUCAGGUGUGACACCAAGAUGAAGGACAAGUGCAAAGGGUCAACGUGCAACAGGUACCAGUGCCCGGCAGGCUGCCUGAAAAACAAAGCAAAGAUUUUUGGAACUCUGUUUUAUGAAAGUUCAUCCAGCAUAUGCCGGGCUGCCAUCCACUACGGGAUCCUCGAUGACAAAGGAGGCCUGGUGGAUGUCACCAGGAACGGGAAGGUCCCCUUCUUUGUCAAGUCCGAGAGACACGGCGUGGAGUCUUUGAGCAAAUACAAAUCUUCCAGCUCAUUCAUGGUGUCAAAAGUGAAAGUGCAGGACCUGGACUGCUAUACCACUGUUGCUCAACUCUGCCCAUUUGAGAAGCCAGCGACCCACUGCCCAAGAGUUCGCUGUCCCGCGCACUGCAAAGACGAGCCAUCCUAUUGGGCUCCUGUGUUUGGAACCAACAUCUAUGCAGAUACUUCGAGCAUCUGUAAGACCGCGGUGCACGCGGGAGUCAUCAGAAAUGACAGCGGGGGCUUAGUGGAUGUGAUGCCGGUAGACAAAAAGAAGGCCUACGUGGGCUCGCUCAGGAAUGGAGUUCAGUCUGAAAGCUUGGGGACUCCUCGGGAUGGAAAGGCCUUCCGGAUCUUUGCUGUCAGGCAGUGAAUCUCCAGCACCAAGGGAGAAGGGGGCAUCUUCAAGAGAGCUUUGG